GAUUAUUUUGGAAUAGAAUCGAAACAGGGAGAUAUGCAAACAAAAUUCGAAGAGAUAUACUUUAUUUAAAUAUAAAGAUAAGCGAUUCGCUCGGAAAAGAGACUACUCUUGGAUAGAAACUUUUCCGCGCUUUUCGAUUCCUAAAUAAAAUGGAAGCUAGAAACAAAAAUGAGAAUUUUCUGUGGGUGUUCGGAUAUGGAUCUCUGUGUUGGCAUCCGGGAUUUAAAUACAAAAAAAGCGCCGUGGGACACAUCAGGGGGUUCAAUAGAAGAUUUUGGCAAGGGAAUACGACCCACCGUGGAACGAUAGAGAAGCCUGGACGAGUAGUGACGCUGGUGGAGGAAAAAGAGGGCAUCGUUUACGGCCGGGCUUUCCAAAUCCAAGACACCGCGGCAUUGCCUUACUUGGAAAAUCGCGAGUGUUCUUUGGGAGGAUACGUGACGACGAUUGCCACGUUUCAUAGUCGCGAAGGAAACAGGAGCUUUCCAGUCAUUAUUUACAUCGCCACCAAUAAGAAUAAACAUUGGCUCGGUGAGGCACCGCUUCAGAGUAUCGCUAAGCAAAUUUCCGAAUGUUCCGGUCCCAAUGGACAUAACGUCGAGUAUCUUUUACGAUUAGCAGAGUUUAUGCAUCGUUAUCUACCAGAAGCCCAAGACGAGCAUUUAUUUACAUUGGAAUUAUUAGUACGUUCGAGGAUAAAGGAAAUGAAUAUGUGUGUGGAUACGUUAAUGGGUAAGCGAGACUACAAUAUCGACCUGGAGGACGUCGAGAUCGAUGCCAAGGAUGAGGACAGUGAUUUAGUCACCAAUAACGCAAGCAAUAAUCUCAGGAAAAAUUCCUUCCAAUUCACUCUUCAAGUACCUGAUAAGACUUUGCGUUGCCUCAAAAUGUAGCCUGCAUUUCCUAUUUAUACGAAUAAUUAUCGAAUGCUCGGACCGAGAUGCAGAGGAUUUAUGUAAUUAACGAUAAUAAGAUAAUAUUCUUCGUAGAUAAUUUAUGUAAAAACGUUCGUAUCUUUCGAGAACAUAUGUAUAUUGAGUAAUUAUUGUUCUUGAAUAGUUUGACUGUGAUACGAAUAGUUUAAGCAUAACGAAAGUCAUAUUCCGGCAGCUUAAUAUUGUAAAAUAUAUUUGCAAGUACGAUUAUCAUACUUUUAUUUUUAAAUGUGCUGGACACUGUUUAGGAUUAUAUUAUUUCGAAAGCAAUCGUGCCUUAAAAAGCGCAAACACAGGGCAAAUGUCCCUUACUACAAUUUUUUUAAUUAUAAGUUAAUGACAAAUUUUGUAUCCGAAUGCAUAAAACGAUAAUUUAUGAAAGAGAUAAUGUUUAAAUAUAUUACCGAAUAUUUCUUUUUCUAA